AUGUCUUCACGAUCCGACAUCAAAGAAAAAGGCAACUGGGCGGUCAUUUACGAUGACCGUAACGAAGAUGACCAAAAUGGCAGGAAAGAAGAGAAACCUUCCAGAAGAAGGCAGUCUCUCGCGCGAACGUUAUCUAUACCAAAGACCAUGUGUAUCAUGUCUGGCAACAAAACUAAAAUAUCAACAGUAGCUGAGCUACCAUCACCGAAGUUAAAACUACCUCAGCUAGGGACUGACUUGACGGAAAGGGUCUUUCCUGUUCGAUCGGUCGUCUCAUUUGAUUCCACGUCUUCAUCUGCCCUGCAAACACCUUCCCUGGAUAACCUCGAAACACCGAUAUCUCCUUUUUCAGACACAUGGGGCGUAGGCUACACCAAUGAACAAGCCGGCUCUCAGCAGAAGAAUUCGCCCGCGAAGAGCAUGAAUGCCGAGGAUGGUGUUCUAAAGAGACACGACUCUCUGGCUCGACUGCAUCAAAAGAGUGGUGGCGAGAGCGAGAUUUCGCCAGUGCUGAAAGGUCAAUUUUACGCUGGCCACAAUCUCGACCGGUUGGACCAGUUGAAAAAUACUGUGCAAAACGGUGGCGAGAUUCUUGACUUCCACAAGACAACAAAGGGAAUAUACUACUCGCAUGAAGAUGAAGAGGACAUUUUUAUUCAGUCAUUCGGUGCACUCAUUGUGAUGACAGAGUCCAGCGGUAGCUUCGAAGUACAGGUAGCGAGCGAAAACUCCGAGAAAAUCAUUGGGCAUUCCUCUGAUGCCCUCUUCGAACUUCGAACAUUUUGUGAUAUAUUGCCAUCCUCGCAACAGAGCAACUUUCUUGCUCAUGCUCAAUUUGUUUUGAGUGAUGACUACUCGGUCGAGGAUUCUGGCCCUGAGGUUUUCUUCCUAUCUGUGUUAUCAUCCGAUGGACAUACCCAGAGUACUUGGUGUACCAUGCAUACCAGCACUGUAUAUAAGAACUAUGUGAUCUGCGAGCUCCAGCCCGAGGCUCAGGAGACAAAUGAUCGCCCCCAUUUGGAGAAUUUCGAGAGCCAAAUGACAACAUCUGAUAGCGGGAACCUGGAUAUAACUUCUGGUGCAUUUCUCGAGAAUGUCCAUCCUCCCGGGGUAAGUUUUAAUACCAGAACCACCAAAGUUUCAGACUCCUCGGAUAGCCAGGGCUUGGACUUGACUUCUGGGGCAUUUUCCGAGGACUUCCGCCCUCCAGGGAAAGAUCGUGAUGUUGAAAAUAGCAAAGUCCCGGAUUCAUUGGAGCUUCUCAAUACCGUUCCUCGAAUUCUCCAGCGUCUGGCAAAUUCUCAAACAUUAGAAGCACUUGUUCAACAUGCCAUUGCCGCUCUGCAAAGUCUCAUUCAAUUCGACAGAACGACCAUGUAUCAUUUCGAUAGUGAUCGCAACGGAACCGUGGUCGCCGAUGCGGCUGACACUUCGUCAGGGUUAACGUCGUACGAAGGCAUUCAUUUUCCGGAAUCAACCUUCCCCGAAGGGUUGAAGAAACUAUAUACACGCAAUACUGUAUGCUCCUCUUUUUCUAGAAGCCAUGGAACUUCAAAGCUUGUGUAUCGGGCUUCAACCAACAAACGACCCCUCGACAUGUCAAAUACCUACCUCUCCACAGCACCUGUGCUCCCAACGCCGCACACCAACAAUCCAGUCAGGGCUUGUGUGUCAAUUCAAGUUAAUGUUUUUGGCAAGCUUUGGGGUCUCAUAUCCUGUCAGUCUUACGACAGUAACCAAAGGCUCCAUCCGCUCAUCCAGAAAGUUUGCUGGUUUGUGGCCGGGGCGGUUUCAAGUAACAUUGAGCGUCUGUCCUACACCUUGCCCUUCCAAUUUCGAGAACCCGAUAUCGCCCUGAACAAAGUAGACACACUCCAGGCUAUCAAGACUCCACCUGGUGAUCUUCUCGGUCUGUUCGGGGCAGAUUACGCUGCAGCAUCGAUUAUGGGCGAGUCCAAGAUCUUAGGGAAACCAAUCGACUCGCAGGAAGUUCUGGCAUUGUUUGAAUACAUGAAAGCUAAAGAGAACGAUACUGUGUUUUGGUCCGGCGAUAUCACCACCGAUUUUCAAGAACUCAACUACUCGCCCGGCUUUCAUCAUCUUUCUGGUUUGCUUUAUGUUCCUCUUUCGGCGGACGGCCGUGAUUUUAUUAUCUUCUUCCGGGCCAAUUUAGAAAGCCACAACCUUGCGUCUGAUUCAGGGAGAUCGAGUCGACAAAAUGAGUGGUCGUCAGCAGAGUUUGAGAAAGCAUCUGUUCUGUCUGUGCUAUAUCGCACUUUCACCGAUAUAUGGCAAGAGAAGGAGGCAACGCUGCAAAACAACCAGUUGAUGAGGCUUCUACUUGCUAAUUCUGCUCACGAGUUCAGAACACCGCUCAAUACUAUUAUCAACUACCUAGAAAUUGUUCUUGACGGAUCUCUUGACCAAGAGACACGAGAUCACAUUUCCAGAUCUCACUCGGCUUCUAAGUCGUUGGUUUACAUCAUUAAUGAUCUCCUUGACCUCACAAAUGCCGAAAUCGGACAACGGUUGAUAAAAGACGAGACGUUCGAUCUAUCAGAAACUCUCACGGAAGCAACAGAUAUAUUCUGGGAAGAGGCAAGACAGAAGCAUGUCGAUCUGCAAGUAUUCCAACAUGCAGCCCUACCUCCCGUCCUUGGAGAUCAACGACGGGUACGCCAGGUGAUCACAAACUUGAUUAGCAAUGCCAUACAGCACACAUCCACCGGAGCAGUAACAAUUGAGACUUGUGUCGUACCGGAACCGCUGGAGCCAGAUCAUAUUUGCGUUGAAGUCGCAAUACACGACACCGGGUCUGGCAUGUCCCAAGAGACUGUCGAAACAUUGUUCUGCGAGCUGGAACAAGUUUCCAACAAGGGAUACAUGCAGAAUCCUAAGUCAUACGAGCGCACUUCAAGUGGCCAUGUGUUGGAGACGGAAGGUGUGCUUGGUCUGGGCCUCGCGCUAGUCGCCCGAAUCGUGCGCAAUAUGAAUGGGCAGCUAAGCCUGAAAUCUGAAGAAGGCAAGGGGAGUUGCUUCAAGAUCAGGCUUUCGUUUCCUCUUCCGGAUGAAAAUAGUAGUCAAAUGCAGAACCUAUGCACUACGUCAAACGAGCCUCUGCAGGAAGAGGAACGAAGACAAGAGACAAAGCAAGGCACCACACCCUCGAGUUGCAUAACAAGCCAGAAAGAAGACGGUAUUCCGUGUGAAUGUGGUCAAGAUUCAGAAUUUGAAUCAGGCCAAUCCAUCGUGAAUGCCGAUGUAAGCUUGCAAACCGGCGAAUUAAGAAACCUGUCUCUUUCAGGCCAACAACUCGGACAGAGCAACUCGCUAGAUAAACCAACCACUUCCCUUCCAAAGAAUGAUCCCAGUCAAUCAUCAGAAGCAUCCAAAUCUUACAUCAAAGAGACCUUGUCGAUCUCACCAACCACAAACUCCCCAACCACCCAACCAAGCACCUCUCCGACAAUGGACUGGAACCUCCACAUUCUUGUCGCGGAAGACGACCCGACCAACAGCACAAUCGUCCAAAAGCGCCUUGAGAGAUUUGGACACACGGUACACAUGACAAGCAAUGGAAAAGAAUGCGCAUAUGCGUACAAAGCGAAUCCCACUGGCUUCGAUGCAGUGCUGAUGGAUCUACAAAUGCCCAUCGUUGAUGGCCUCGGUGCAACGCAGAUGAUACGCGAAUACGAGCAGCAAGAGCUAGCUAAUGAUAUCGCACCUGCGCCUCGAAUUCCCAUUUUCGCUGUCUCGGCUUCCUUGCUCGAGGAAAAUCGCAAAAUGUACAUGGAGACUGGCUUUGACGGGUGGGUUAUGAAGCCGAUUGAUUUCCACAGGGUUGAUCGGUUGCUUGGUGGUGUUAGGCUUCAGUGGGUGCGGGAGGAGGUUGUUUAUCGGCCUGGUGUAUGGGAGGCUGGGGGUUGGUUCGAGGCUUAG